GAACGUGAUGACGUCUCCUCGGAUAGAGUAUUAUGGGCUAUCCAGCAGCAAGCAUUAUUGAGGCAGAGAGCUGAGGUUGAAGUAAACAUGGAGCUCUCCGCCGUCGGGGAGCGCGUCUUCGCCGCCGAAUCCAUCAUUAAACGGCGCAUCAGGAGAGGACGGAUGGAGUAUCUGGUCAAGUGGAAAGGCUGGUCUCAGAAAUACAGCACCUGGGAACCAGAGGAGAAUAUUCUGGACGAGCGUCUUUUCGCUGCAUUUGAAGAAAGAGAGCGUGAGAGAGAGAUGUAUGGUCCAAAAAAGAGGGGACCUAAACCAGAAACAUUUUUAAUGAAGGCUAAAGCAAAAGGCAAAAACUAUGAGUUCAGACGGGAAAUGUCUCGAGACUUACACGUGUCAUUCCCAGUAGCUGAACCGAUUGUGACGCCCAGAGCCCGUGAGGGACUGCGGACAGUCGUGCCAACGAUUUUCCCACCGAGCACCAUCAACAGAGGCGAAAGUGUUCGUGUGCGUCCACUGGACCUUGAGCGAGACCCACUGACUCAUGGAACACCGGGACAACGGCCGCUGGAUUUUGCCAGCUCACCAAAAAAGCGAGGACCAAAGCCAAAGUUGCGUCCGGGAGGUUCAUCCACUGAAGGUGUUAAAAGAAAGGCAGAUGAACCGUUAUCUUAUCGUCCUUCCAAAUCCGAGAGAUCAGGAGAGUCCUCGAACUGUGAUGUCUUCCAUUUAACCCAAAAGUUUCCAGCAGAAUCCAGCCUCGUUCAGAAGCCAAGUGAUGUCAAAUUCAGACAUGGUGGCACCAUCUUAAAACCUGGGCUUGGUGUUGUGGGACAUCGACGGAAGGACAGCUCAAGUGGUGCCAUUAACCAAUCCAAGAUGAAACAUCCUCCCCAAAACAGUCUAUUUCGAUCCACCGCUCAAACCAGAGAGCAACUGUCUCUGAGUUUUGUAGACCAAAAAACCGAUCAGUCCUGGUUGCCUUGUUUGAAGAACAUGGAGAAAAUUAUUGUUACUGACGUAACCAGUAACUCUUUGACUGUCACCAUAAAAGAGAGUUCAACGGACAAAGGUUUCUUCAAAGAAAACAGAUGAUGUGAUUUUUAGUUUAUGUAUGUAUGUGUGUCUAUGAAACAUUGUAAUCAAAUUAGAAACGACAUAUCUAUAUCAUUUAUAGUCUAUAAAUGUCAAGUCUUGCAAUCAUGUACGUAAUGCAAAAAAAAAAAAAUAUAUAUAGUUUAUGUUUAGCUUCCAUUUCCAUUCACAUUUUCUAUGAAAAUGAAGUUUAUUUUUGUAUUUCU